UUUCAUGAGACAGUGGCUAUGGCGGAAUGCCGCUGCUGCGCGAGCUGGGAUAUUUGGCUGUCGAUCGGGGGGCCUCUCCAGCUGCGCUCUAUUCGGCGUUGAGAGCAGAGGUGCUUACGCGAUUUUCUUGCCCGGCGUCAAGACGCGACGCACAGCUUGAUCUUUGUGAGGCACAAGAAGCUCCGGCUCAGGCCUACGACGAACAAGGUUCUGGCGCUGGAGAAUGUGGCAAGUUGGAAAGCAGGCAGAAUGAAGUUCCGAAUGAAAGAACUAAAGCGCCUUAUGAUGUGCUCCCGAGAAGAACUAAGAUGCAAAGAGCACGGGACUUGGUGGAUGCAGUUUUGCCACUUCCCGAUGUCAAAGGGGAGAUUUGGGCCGCUUGCGAUACAUGGAUUGCCUGGGAGCUAAGAUUUCCUCUGCAUACAAUCGAGAUGGCCACUCACAGGCUCUUCCGGUUGAAACAAUGGCGCAGAGUUAUUCACGUGAUCAAGUGGAUGUUUAGCAAAGGCCAUGGCUUUACAAUGAACACUUAUGGAUGUCUCCUCCGGGCUUUGGACAUUGAUGGCAGGGUGGACGAGGUUGAGCACAUCUGGCAUACUUUUGUGGUGACGAAACAAGAGAGCGUCCCUAGAGUUAUGUAUGCUCGAAUGAUCACGACGUAUGAUCGGCGAGCAUUGCCAGACAAAGCUAUCAAGAUGUUUAAAGAGCUGGAGCUUUCAGGAACGAGGCCGGAUCCAGCGACAAUAAUCAAGAUCGGGAAGAUUUAUGAGAAGCUCGGUUUCACGAAUAAGACGGCGGAGCUACUCGAGAAGCACAAGCCAACGAAGACGUUCAUAUCGUUUAAGUUCAGAACGAAGAGUCACAAAUUCAUGGGAGUCCCGGGCCAUGACAGGAGGCGACUAACUUCUUCGGAGAAACAGAAAAAGAGGAAACUUAGAGAACGUCUUGCUACGAUCAUAGACUUUAGCUGAGGCGAGCUUCUGGUCUUCUACUUUUUCUUCUUGAUCAGGGGCAAAUCUAAAAAAGUUUCUAUAGGUUUUUUUUUUCCGGCAGCACCCCGUUUUUAAGUCAUGGAAGUCCAAAUCCAUCCUUUAGCCGGCAGUGGUGCGAAAACAGUGGCGACAAGGAAUCACCGAGCUCGUGUGCAAGGAGAGCGGAGUGGUGGAGAUGAGGAAGAAGAAGCCGACGAGCGAUGCCGGGGACCCUCUGGCUUCCUUGUUUGCGCUCAGUGCGCUCAAGAACACUAGCGCCACCGCCGCCGCCGCCGCGGCCACGGCCAAAAAGAGCUCCGCUUCCUUCUUUUGCACGCCGCGAACCUUGGGUGGUGGGAUAUCCUCGAGCAUGAAGACUCGAAGUAUGCGCUGAGCUUUAGAGGCUGGGAUCUCGCACCAAACAACCAUUCUUUGGAUCAAGUAAGUGUUACGUUUUUCUUUUC